AUGGAAUCUCCAGACAAAAUUUCCGUGUACCACAAGCUAAUCCCAGAUACAUCUGGACAUCUUUCAUCCCAAUCGGCAUUCCGACUGGAAGUCAUGAUCUUGUCGGAGGCCCGACAACGCCCUGCUGCUCGUUGCUUUGAGGAUAUUGUGAUCUAUGAUUACAAGAAGAACCGCAAGACGGUCAAUAUUCCGCCGUUUGUCAUGGAGCAGUUUGAGGCCAUCUGGAAACAGCAGGAGCAGGAAAGGGAGAACUGGAGGCAGCAUAUUGCUGAGAUCGAAAAUCGGGUUCGGAAUCUUGAGCUUGAAAGUUGGGAUAGAGUCGAUGCUGUGGAGGACAACGGAUCUACUCCGCAAUGA